AUGAACCGAUCACCCUGUUCGGUUUUGAGUAAAAGGCAGAAACUUGCGGAGUUUUUGCGAUGCUGUUCAAAAAAAUUGUUACUUAAUCAAGGAGUACAGGUUCAUGGAGCUGUAAUAAAAGAAGGGUUUAGAUUUGAUUUGAUGCUGAGUAAUGAUCUUAUAGAUAUGUAUGGAAAAUGUGGUAGAGUGGAUGCUGCUUGUGCUGUGUUUGAUAGAAUGGUGGAAAGAAAUGUGGUUUCUUGGUCGUCUCUUAUGUGUGGAUAUAUACAGAAUGGUAAUGCUAAAAAGUCAUUAUUUUUAUUCACUCAAAUGGGACUGUCUGGCGUGAAACCGAACGAGUUCACAUUUUCAAUGAAUCUUAAAGCGAGUAGUAUGCUGAAUCGUCCUUAUAUUGGGAUGCAGAUUCAUGCUAACUGUACGAAAUCUGGUAAUGAUAUAGUGAUUGUGGUGGCCAAUUCUAUAGUUGAUAUGUACUCGAAGUGUGGAAGAAUCAAGGAAGCUGCUUGCAUGUUUGACUUUAUGCCGGUUAGAAAUCUUAUAAGUUGGAAUUCAAUGAUUUCGGGAUACUCUAUUGCAGGUUUUGGUGAGAAAGCUGUAGUUUUGUUUCGAGAAAUGCUGGAAGACGGGCAAGAACCUGAUGAGUUCACACUUACAAGCGCAUUGAAAGCUUGUAGCGAUCUUGCUGCAGUUAGAGAAGGAUCCCAAAUUCAUUCUUUCUUGAUCAUUAGCGGUUUCCCUUAUUUGAUUAAAACUAGUAUUGCAGGUGCUCUUAUUGAUCAAUAUGUAAAAUGUGGUAAGUUGUGCGAAGCUCAGAGAGUAUUCAGUCAGAUUGAAGAGAAAAAUGUGAUAUCAUUUAGUGCAUUAUUUCUUGGUUAUGCUCACGGAGGUAACUUAGCAGAUGCAAUGAGCCUGUUCAGGCGGUUUAGAGAGAGUGACGUUGAAGCAGAUGGGUUUGUUCUGUCAAGCAUGAUUGGCGUGUUUGCUGAUUUUGCACUUGUGGAGCAAGGCAAGCAAAUGCACGCCUACUCCAUUAAAGUCCCAUCUGGUUCUGAUUUAUCAGUAUGCAAUUCAAUUGUGGAUAUGUAUCUCAAAUGUGGAGUGAUAGAUGAAGCAGAGAGAUUUUUCGCUGAAAUGUCAACAAGAGAUGUGAUUUCAUGGACAGUCAUGAUCACUGGCUAUGGAAAGCAUGGUCUUGGCAAAGAGGCAGUUUGUCUCUUCAACAAGAUGCAAUCUGAUGAUAUUGAACCUGAUGAUGUUACUUACUUGGCUGUACUCUUAGCAUGUAGUCAUUCUGGACUAGUUGAAGAAGGUCAAGUAUACUUCUCUAAGCUCUGUAGUGAUCAUAGGAUCAGAGCUAGAGUGGAGCAUUAUGCUUGCAUGGUUGAUCUCCUUGGCCGAGCUGGGCGCUUAAAAGAAGCUAAGGAUAUUAUAUACAGUAUGCCUCUAAACCCAAAUAUAGGGAUAUGGCAAACAUUGCUCAGUGCAUGCAGAGUGCAUGGAGACUUGGAUUUGGGGAGAGAAGUAGGUGAGAUUCUCUUGAGAUUAGAUGGUGAUAAUCCUGUCAACUAUGUGAUGCUGUCAAAUAUUUAUGCUGAUGCUGGUUACUGGAACGAGUGUGAGAGAAUAAGAGAAUUGGCGAAGACAAAGAGGUUGAAGAAAGAAGCAGGGCGUAGCUGGGUAGAGAUUGACAAGGAGGUGCACUUCUUUUAUGGUGGAGACGACACACACCCAGUCAUAGAGAAAAUACAUCAAGUUCUAAAAGAAAUGGAGACGAGGAUGAAAGAAGAAUUAGGCUAUGGUUACAGGAUGAAAUAUGCAUUGCGUGAUGUGGAAGAGGAAUCAAAGGAGGAAAGCUUGAGAGUUCACAGUGAGAAGUUGGCAAUUGGGUUGGCGUUGGUUUGUGGUGGCUGGGAAGGAGGUGGAAGGGUGAUUCGUGUCUUCAAGAACUUGAGAGUUUGUGUUGAUUGCCAUCAAUUCAUCAAGGGUUUAUCCAAGAUUUUGGAAGUGGCAUUUGUGGUGAGAGAUGCCAACAGAUUUCAUAGGUUUGAGAAUGGAGAAUGCUCUUGUAGAGAUUACUGGUGACAUUUUCAAAUUUGAAAGUGGUAUCUACAAUUUAUGCCAAGGAACUGGUUCUUCUGCGCAAAUGACAGCGCCUCAACAACUUCCACAUCAGCCCCAGUGCUAGCUUUUGACAAUUGACGCUCAUUUGGUGCUAUCUUAACUGUGUAGUCAAAAUCUGUAGUAUCAUAUGGACUUUUCAGGGUGUCAAGGAAUACAUUCAUAGAUGGGAUACUUGCAUUGUUCCAAUGA